AGAAGUAGGAAAACAUUUUUAGUCUAAAAUUAAUUUUGACUGGUUCCCAUCUGCCAGAGGUAUGAGAAUCAACAUGUUCUUUUGCUCUACCACAAUGCUCCAUCACGCCUGUAUCCAGUUAGACCCAUCUGUUCCUGUUAGCUAAAAGAUUUCGUAUCUAUGAGAAGUUACUGUGUCUCAUCUCUGCAACUGUCUUCUUAUGAGCAGAUAUUUGAAGAGAAUCUUAACUUGGGAUUAGGAGAUUCCUUUACACAGUUUCGAUUUGCUGAUGAGAAAGAAUGGGAUAAAGAAAGCACAUGCCAUAAGCAGUUCUCUGCACUUUCUGUUGACUGCCAGUCUUUGGUCCAGGCCCUUCAGGAAUUACCUCUACAUCUGAAGUUGAAUGUAGCUGCUGACCUUGUACAGGCAUCAACACCUGUAGAGCUCCCACAGAUGAAAUCUAAAAUUUUUGAAGAUGUCAAGAGGAGAGAUCAGCUGUUCCGACAGUCUCCAGCUCAAAGUGACACCGUGUUGGUCUCCCCUCCUGUUGGCAAUUCUGUUGCUUCAUCAGAUCCUGAAAGUAAAAAUGGUUCUAGGGAAAAUGCAAGAGAACCAUUUCAGAAAAUCCAUCCACUAUCAAAGCAAGCGAAUGACCAUUUGGAUGAAGAACUGGAUCUUCUCCUGAAUCUAGAGGCUCCCAUGAAUACAGGAAACAGACCUGUGUCAGGUUCAUUAUCCUACAACAUAUCAGCUGAGGAAGAUUUGAAAAUGGAUUGUAAGGAAAAUGACCCUUUGAAAGUAGAUAUGCCUGAAGAGAAGAGUACAUCAUCACAGCAACAGCAAAAUACAUCUAAAGAUGUUACUGAGGAAGAGCUUGAAGAUUGGUUGGACAGCAUGAUCUCCUGAAGCUCAAAUUUCCUCAUGUGAAUAAUUGAAUAUAGCAAACAUUACAUAAAAAGUUUAAUUUUUUUUAUCCCCUUGUUAUUUCCUUUCUCUGUUUCACCUUGUUCAGUUUGCCAGUGUGCUGGCUCCUAAACUUUUGUGCAACAAAAAUUAGUUUAGAAGGGGUUGAAAAUUGUCAAAGACUAAUAAUACUAUUAGAAAGGAAGGUCUAAAAUUUGUGAUGAAAUUGGAAUUGUCUUUAAUAAAGAAGCAGCCUAUAGCAGACUAAGAGAACAGUUAUUGGAGCUUGUACUUGCUCUGUGUAGUCCUUCAAAUAAAGCUGUGAAUGAACAGUGAA